GCCGGGCGGAAGGCCGCGUCCCGAGCAGCCGCCGCCCGCCGCGGGCUGUGUGAUGCGAGGCGGGCGCGCCACUUACCCGCCGCGAAGGGUUUACGUAGCGGACUCGUCACUGAUUACGGACGGGAGGAGGUGGGGACGCAGAGCCCGACGGCCGCCGCCCAGGCAACCCGGCGGAUGCGGCCCCCACGUCGCGCCCACGUCAGCUCUGAUGCGGUCGCCGCGGCCUCUCCGCCGACGCGAACAGAAAGCAGCGCAAGGCAGCCGAGCCGACUGCGGCCGCGAGCCCCGCCCUCCCCUCCCCCACGCCGACCGCCUGCCUCGCUAGGAAAAGUUGCAGGCUCGAACCCUCUGCCCCCUGCUGGCCGUCCGUGGGAUUGCAGAGAAAUGUUAUGCAACAUAAUUGGUGCCCAAACCAAUACUGACAGAAGCAAAGAUGAGCUGAAGAGAAGCAUCGGCACGGGCCUGCGGUACAGGAUAAGACAUCCAACUGAUGCUAAUAAUCUUUGAUGGUGGAACAUUCAUGAGACAAUCACAAUGUGACCUUUCCCCGUGUCUCAGGAGAUGGUUUGCCUCUUUCCCAUCAUGCCAAUUUAUGCUCCCCACGAUGGUUAAUAAAGCGUGUACCUUGGGCCAGCC